UGGUUGAGCGGCCCCGGCUCCUGGGAUCUUCCCCGGGGUGUGUUCGCUGGAGGAGCGGCUCUGAACACAGUGUGCCAGCAGGAACCAGCCGACGACAUGAGCUCCGGAUAUUCAGAAAACAAUAAUUUUCCGUAUGAUAACAACCAAAUGGUUUUGGACAUGAUCCUCUAUUCUCUUGUGACUGUUCCUCAGCCAAUUAAUUGGGAUAGUGUUGCCAGACUAGUCCCAGGAUAUACCCCAAAAGAGUGUGCCAAACGGUAUGAAGAACUGAAAAGCAGCGGGACGUCUCCUGUAGAUAACCAAUAUAAUCCACUCAUGGCAACUGGAGGAAUCCCAUUGGAAAGCCUUGCCACAUAUAUCAAAUCCUCCCUGCUUGAUCCGGCUGAAGAUCAGGAAGAGCUGGAAGUGGGGCAAGGAAGAACUGGUGCUGUUUCGGCCAGGAAGAGCUCUACUGAAUAUGACAAAUUACCGUUGUCUGUGAAUGGUGAAAGCAUGGAAGGAAGUCAGGGACCAAACAUGGUAAUCCAUGUAUGUGAUGAAGCAAAGAAUCUAAAGCAAGACUUUGUGUGUCCACGUGAUCUUCUUGUAUCCGAGAUGAAGUAUUUUGCAGAAUAUCUGUCCACGGAUGCCCAGCGGUGGGAGGAAGUGGACAUAUCUGUUCAUUGUGAUGUGCAUAUAUUCAACUGGCUUAUGAAAUAUGUGAAGCGUAAUUCAAGGGAAAGCGACAAAUCAGAGGCUCCAAAGCUUGAACCUGCGAAUGUAAUUUCGAUCCUGAUUUCCUCAGAGUUUUUGAAGAUGGAUUCAUUAGUUGAAGAAUGCAUUAAUUAUUGUCACAAAAACAUGAGUGCUAUUGUGGCAACCCCAUGCAAUAUGAACUGCAUCAAUGCAAAUCUCCUAACUCGGAUAGCUGACCUCUUCACGCACAAUGAGGCAGAUGAGGUAAAGGACAGAAAAGAUAAAUUUAAAAGCAAAAUAUUUUGUAAGAAAAUCGAGAGACUGUUUGAUCCAGAAUACAAGAACGCAGAUUCUCCAGCAAAUGCUUCAACACUAUACAGGUGUUGCUUGUGUAAGAGACUACUGACAAAGGAAGCUGAGCAAAAAAUUGCUUGUCUGCCUGGAAAAAUCAACAUAGACCAGUAUGGAAAUAUUGUGUAUUUUCACAUCAGAGACAAAACAUGGGACAUUCAUGAACAUCUGUCCAGUCAGUUUGAAGAACUGAAGUCCUGGCGGGAUGUAUAUUGGCGGCUGUGGGGGACUGUUAAUUGGCUAACCUGCAACAGGUGUAAGCAAUCAUUCCUGUGCAAUGAGCUGUCACAUUGCCAAUAUCAUCCAGAACCUGCAGUUUAUCCUGGUGCAGCAAGUUCCCUUGGAUCAACGGGCACAGGCAUUUACCCCUGCUGUAACCAAAAAGUGCUUCGAUUUGACCCCACACAGCUCCCAAGGGGUUGUAAAGUCAAAGACCAUGUUAUAGCUUUACCCGAGGGAGACGAUGGGCUUGAAAGUCCAUCAUCCAAACUGCUUUAUGAUCUCGUGCAGCAUAGAGAACUUAUAGUUGUGCCUUAUUCCAAAGACUUGAAUGGAGAAUCAGGGGUUAUCAUAAAUGACGAUAAAAGUCCUGAAUGCAAUGUCCAUUUAGAGCCAAAUCCAUUACAUGGACAAAAGAGUGGAGAGAUCAUUGCAUUUCUUUCAGUAAAAAACUUCAGUCUUCAGUUGAAACAGCAGUGUUUGUUGUCUGAAGAAGAUGACUACACAACGGGUUCUGAGGUGACAGAAGAUGAAGUAGGGGAUGAAGAAGAAGUGUCAAGGAAACCAGUAGGAAAAAAAGAAAAGUCAAAGAAAUUUGCUAAACUAAAAAAGCACACGUCCUCACCUAGUAUGCACAAAAAGGAAAAAACACAGGAGAAGUCAUCCCGUGAUUCUUCACCAUUCACAGUGAGCCUUCAGAGGAAUAAGUGGGAUGCCUCUCGAUCCUUGAGAUAUAAUCAGGAUGCUCAGAGAGAAGAAGAUCAGCGAAGGAUGACUGAAAUCACAGGACAUCUGAUAAAAAUCAGAUUAGGAGACCUGGAGCGUGUCAGGGCCAAGGAUUGUAAAGAACAGGCUGCAGGUAUAUACUCUAGAUUGGAAGCUCAAGUCAAGGCUACUGCUCAAACGAAUGCCCGUCAGAGUAACGCAGAGAAGAACCCCAGGUCUAAACCUCGUUUUGGCCCUGGAAGGCCAUUAUAAAUAAAGAAUUGAUAGCUUGACGACUCUUACAAAAGUACAGUUUAGAAAUCUGCAGAAAUGUAUUUGUCUUUCCCAAACUGGGUUAUUUAUUGAACUUUGCAAGCCUGGCUGUUUGGGGAACUGCAUAUAUUUGGUCUCUAAAAAUUAUUUAAUCUGUAAAUAUUCUGUUUUUUUAAUUAAACUUAUUUUAAGAUGUUAUUACAAA